CCUAACCCUAACCCACCUCUCCCCCGCUCAACGUCACCUCAUCUCAAGUAAUAGAGGAUACUACUACUAACCGUUCAACAACCCCCUUAAUCAAGAAAUAUUCCACGUCGUUCUAAGCGAGCUCCGAGUUUUGCUGUACAUACGUUUAUGCCAGCUUGAGCCGGCUUGUAUCAUGGUGGAGAAGAUUUCCAUACAGAGUCUGCGGAAUAACGCCGUGAGCGUGAGGCUAGAGGAGCGAAAAAAUCUCAUCGUCUCGCGGAAACGAAAGUUACAGGAGGUCUACGCAGCAUGUCGCCACAUCGACAGAACAAAGCCUUUCCCAAAUGCUGAUAUCGUCAAGACAUGGGGGACAAUUGAGCGAUAUGAGGGGGCAAAUAUGGAGGACGGCGAGAAGAGGUUUCUUGAGGAGAAUGACAUCGAGAGAGGUCGUUUUUUCCAAGAAUCCACACUUCCACCACAUUCUUCAUACCUGCCUGAGCCUGGUGGAUUCCAAAGGGCGCUCGCUACUCAAUUAACGCCCCAUCAUGCUGCAAAAACAAUCUCGCGUCAUGCGACACCCUUAUCUACAUCUGUCUUCGAGAAACCUCCACAAGUGCUUGAGCAUCCGACAGUUUCCCGAGAAGCCGAACUAUUAGCUGAGAAGGGGGCGCGACAUAGUUUUGAUGCUCGGGGUGGGAUGGAGGACCAAUCACCCGCAAAAUCUGUUAUCACAAAUGGGAAACGAUCGAGCGAAGCACCAACAGAGGAUGGCUCGGUGGAUUCGGAAGCAACUGAAGAGGAUUUGGGGUCACUCUCUCAUGUCGUUGAACCCUCCGAACGGGUAAAGCCAAGGAAAGCGGCGCCAGUCAUUAAUAUUGGUGGAGUUCCAGUAGUUCAGGAAGCGGUUACAAAGGCUCCGGAUGAUCAUGAACGGUCGCUUGGAGUUCGCCCGCCACCGAUACCCUCGGAACUUGUGAACGCAACGAGGGGCAGCGCUACGCAAACCGCGGCAGUACAAGAUGAGAAGACCGAGGAGCGGGAUGCUCGUGCGGAGGAGGCUAGGUCUACAGAGUCAGCUGCGGUCAAGAGUUUUGGCGAUUCUGCACGCGAAGUACCGGAUUCCUUUGAGUCAUCACAGGUUUCAUCGCCAUCCGAACCCCCGAGUCCUGCUCCUUCAAAAGGCACGGUUCUUGAGCUUCGAGAAGAGCCCCGGUUGCCCGUGACGUCCCCACAAAUUCAACAGACCCCCCCACAACCACCUCUGGUUAUCAUUACCAACAGAGAAAAUCACACCUCACCCGUUCCUCCCUCCAAGCCACUGUCAGGGCAUGCUUCGCAUUCGGAUGUUUACUCGCCUGCAUCCUCAAUCGACGAUGAUAACCGAAGUACUCCCGGCAAUAUCUUGUCUUCUGCAACCAGCCCGGAUGCUAACCACAUGUUAGGCCCAGACCCUCGUUCGGAGGAGAGCAAUGGUCAAGUCAAAGAGGUUGUUGCUGAGUCCGGUCCCUACGGCGUUAUGACUAUGCCUGCCAAGGAGGCAGAGGAGGAAGAGUUGGCCGGGGCAUUUGUGGAGAAGAUUGUGCCUUGUGGCGCACAGUGUGAAAAGCCAUUGCCUUCUGUCGUGGCUGCUAAGGGAUUCGUCGCGGAUGAGGAAGAGACGAAGUCUCAAUUAUCCACUAUUCCACCCCUGGAGUUCACGAAUGGAGGGGAACCUGAUCUUGCUGCAGUCGAAGCUGGAGCAGCGAUUACCAUUUCGAAGGCCGAUGAUCUAUCAGCUAGAACCAAGAAAUCUGCAUCACCGGACCCUUCGGCACAGUUGAGAUUGGAGAAUUCGCUCGCUCGGGAUGAUGUUGCCGACCCUGAUUCAUUGGCUAGCGAGGGACCAAUUUCUUCACAAAAAUUGGCCGGGGUAGGCGAGACACAUGAUGAAGACCUCGAGGAUCGGGUGCAACUUGUGGGCAGUCGCGAGCCCGAACCCAGGGCUGCUGGACCGAUGAGGGAACUUGCGGAGGAUGUGAAGGAAGUUAAGGACGUUUCCGAAACCAUGGAGAUUGAUAUUCCGGAUAGAGUUGGAGAUAUGGGCGCAACGAGCCAUGAUACUGUCAUGUCUGGCGUUGAUCAACCUGUGGCUCACAGGACUACACCGGGGACACAUGCCGGCGAUAUCUCCGUAGGCACCAUUUCUUCCGAGCAGCACAGUUUAGAGGCAUCCACUCUGCAAGAGAUUGAUGAUUCUAAAAUGGAGAUCGAUCACACCGCAAAUGAGCGGCACGAUGAAGCGGAACCGCCGAGUAAAGUACCGACUCCGGACGUGAGUACAUUUGUUGGCGCCACAACAUCACCCGGUAGCCCUGCGAGUUCCAUGUUCGGGCCCGGAAGUGGGGAGGAGGCACCCUCUACCGAUAGAAUGGCAGUGGGCAGAGCCGAGUCUGAUAGUUCCCUGAUUCCAAGCACAUCACCAGUAAAACAACCCUUACGAAGGCCAGAGACGCGCAAAAAGCAGGCCAAGCUGAGCAAGGUAGUCAUCUCUUCAACACAUCAUGCCUUGGCCGCCCUUGAGGAAGAGGCUAAGCGACUACACGAGGAUCAAAUUGCUCAAGGACCGAUUGUUGUUGCUCGGCGUAGGGACCAACAGGCAGCUUCUGCAGCAGCACGACGGAGUGCAGUCUUCCAGCCCGGCAGUAGAAUUGAAGCAAUUACUCGAUACGGUAUCGCAGAGCCACCAUCGGAGGAAAAGAGAAGAGUAAAGAAUGCCGAUAUGUUCGACGUUGUGUAUACUGCCAAGGCCUCAGGAACCCUGAUAUCCGAUCUACUCCAACGAUCAAGCAAGACUCUGACUACAGGUGACCACCAGGUGCAUUACUUCGAGACUCAGGCGGUAAGGAUCGAAAAUCGAAUCAUUGAGCUUCAAGAUCAGGGGCUUUGGAGUUUGCGACAGAUUCCCCGGGUUGUAGAACCGCGAAGGAGGAAAUGCCAUUGGGAUUACCUUCUUGAAGAGGCGAAGUGGCUUCGAGAUGAUUUUAAAGGGGAGAGGAAAUGGAAGAUUGCUAUGGCAAGGCAUUAUGCAAAAGAAGCGGUCAGGUGGCACCAGGCAGGGGAGGAGAGAUGUCAGCUACAGAUUGAUAGGAAACUGCUCGGUGUUGUGCCUAAGGGAAAACGGGAGGAGCGGAGAAGGGCUGCGCGUAUUGAAAUGCAGGAUAGUGAUAUGAACCAACCCACACCCGAUUUAGUAGAUGGUUGUGGAUCUCCGGAAAGCGAUGACGACUUUCCGAUGGAUGACAGACAUCAUGAUACGGAUCAGGGUAAUUUUGCCCAUAUAUAUGAACCACCUGCGACCCUUUUCACGCUUUCGCCUGAGGAGACGGUGUUCGCUAUGCCAGCUUCAAAGGCAGCAGAUGAUAUUUUGAGUCAGCUGCCGUUAUACGGUCCUCCCGAGCCUUCUGCUGGGCGACAAGAAGAGGUGGAGGAGGAGUGGACGAAAUUACCAGUUGUUGCCAUUUCAAAGUAUGCAAGUGGGAAGCUAGUCAUCCAAGAAGAACAAGGUCCCCCAUCCAAGAAGAGCAGAUACGAAUAUGAGGAAAACCAGGACCCCUACGCAGACGAUUCCGACGAAGAUGAAAAACUAGGUGGCGGUAGGCUAAUCGGGCGCGGCAAGAGGGACAAGUUACGAAAGCCAUCAUUUCUUCCACCCGAGCAGACGAACGUUGCAUUGUUCAAGCCAGAAUACAAACCGAUACUACAAAGGGUGCACAAUACUCAUGUUCCGCGCUUGCCCAGUGACUUUCCGCCACCCCCUUUCUUUGAAAAUCGGCACCCAAGCUUGUGGUUGGCAUCUGAAGAUGAAAUGCUCAAAACUCUUGUCCGAGAAUACCACUAUAACUGGGGGCUUGUUAGCCAGUGUCUCACACUUCCUGGCGACUGGCAUUCUGGCUCAGAAAGGAGAAGUCCUUGGGAAUGUUUUGAACGCUGGAUUGCCCUUGAGCCCAUUCCACCCGAAUUUUCUAAGAGUCCACACUUUAAGCCAAUCCAGCAACGUCUGGAUGUCGCAGCAAGAGUAAACGGACUGUAUGGUAAUGUGCCCGGCUCAGCAGGUGGGAACGGUUCCGGAGGUGUGAAGCCGAGGAGGGGGACAGCACCAAUCAGGGUGGAGAAACGGAGAAAUACACGGAACUUUACACUUAUCGAGUCAAUGCGAAAGUUGGCGAAAAAGCGGGAAACCAGCGUUAACAAGCAGCAAACCAACAAGAGUACGAUGAUAUCCCUCCUCCUGACAAGUUAUUUAGACCAAGUUGUCGCUGCCAUGAAGAGAGCUUCGGAAAGCCAAGCCAGCACUGCGAAUCCCCUGAGGACACCACAGUACUUCAGUGCGAUGAAGUUCGAAAGGGAGCAGAAACACCUGGAGCAGAAGAAUAUAUACAGCCAACAUAUGCAAAUGCAACAAACUCGUACUGGUAUUCCUCCUCAAGCUCGCGUCCCACAUCCAGGCCAACAUCACGCGCUUGCAAAUGGUGUACCAAUUCCUGUCCAACAGCGAGUUGGUGUCGCGACCCCACAAGGACCUAAUGGGGUCCUUCAAGUCUCUCGGGCAGCACCGAUACAAAACGGUACCAAUGGUGUUCCAUUGAGAUCUCUUCCGGCACAAUUGUCUCAGGGGCAGACACAACGUUACACUCCGGAACAGCUUGCCCACCUCCGCCGGAUACAGCAGCAGCAUACUGUUGCAGCGGCCGCGGCAUCACAGGGCUAUCCAACUUCUAAUGCUCUUGGGACCCAAGCCUCACAGCCCAGCGCGCAAAGCAUGCAAACGAUACUUCAGCAAACCCAACAAGCAGCCCUCGGCCAAAAUCAGCAAGUCAACGUGAAUCAACAAGCCCCUCAGCAAAAACGUAUCAUCCCCCCCCCAAUUGACUCUCAAGCAUCAGGUUCCUCUCCCCGCAUGCCACCCACUCCUACUACGGCCACCUCUACCCAACUAAAACCAGCUCAAAUAUUAAUCCAAGAGAUGGCGGCAAUAGCGCAAUACCAAAAUCCUAACCUCCCACAGGAACGUGCGCGCGAGGCUACCCAGCCAACACUCGCAUCUUACCACGCUCAGCUAUCCCAGAAUAUCCAAGCCCAGGCACGGAGUCCCGUGAGGCCGAAUCCGGCGCGAGUGGCGGUGGUCAAUACUGGUCCUAUGAUCGGUGUCAACGGUCCGGUGAAUCCGGCCGUGGACCCUCCCGCUGUCGGUGCUGGAAGCCCCAGAGUGAGUAAUGGCCAAAUCCCCACUCAGCUGCCGCAGCCACAACAGCCGCAAGCCAACCAACCGCAGCCGCAACCGCAAUCUGUCUCACAACAGCAACCUAUUUAGUCUUACCACGUGUUUUGUUAUCCGUUCUAUUCUAUUUAUUCCAUUUUUAUUUUUAUCUUCCGCUUUCUCACCUUUUUUCCGGUCCAAUUCGAUUCGCUUUCGGCUUUUUUGCUUCAGGAUGAUUAUUUCUCUUUUUAAAAAAAACACUUUUAGUCACAUUUAGUCACGGGUGGGGACCUUUAUUUUCCUUUAGGUUUUUUUCUCAUUCUUCUCCUUUUCUCUUGUUGAGUUUCCUUGUGUCUGGGUGGGGUUUGUCCGUUUUCUCCUUUUCCUCUCAUUUCUUGUUCAUGCUCAUUAGGGUUUUUUGCGGGGAGCUCGUGUGGGAAUUGUACAGUUUUUUUUUCUCGUUGGUUUCUCGGUUCGCACCUUAUUGUUGCGAUUGUGAGAUUUGCGGGUCUGCGUUUUCUGUUUGUCCGGCCUAGGAAAAUGGAGAGAUGGAGGAGUGGCGAUGAUGGGGUGACGGCGGCGGGGGUUUUGUGCAUAUAUAUACUUUAUUCCAAGGUAGAUAAAAGACAAUGGAACGGGUAGAUAUUAUCGGCUCA